UGUUGGGGAUUUGACGGGGUCGGCAAAUGCAGGGGGGCUGCUACUGGUGGUUAUGCCAGACAGAGCGACUCCGGAAAUGCCAAGAGGCUGGCCGUGGUUAGUGGCAGAAGAUACUCGUAGUACAUCAUCUUAUCAUAUUCUUUACAACGGGGCAGUGAUUGGACCAACACAACAUCUGGGACAUGCCUUCAGGGCUCUCUUUGGAUUGUAUUACAUAUUAGAUCUGUCAUACCCCCCUUUCAUUGGCAAGGCGACUGCACAAGAAGACCUAAAAGUUGUAAGGAGAAAGGCCAGGGGCAUUUUAAACUACCUUUAGGAACACUUUAAUAUGUUUUAUUCUGAUUACCACAGUUUUGCCUUUGGGAGGAUAUUUAGCAC